AUGUCGGAGAUUGUGGACACCGAGCUGCUGGUCAACUGCACCAUCCUCGCCGUCCGGCGAUUCGAGCUGAAUAGCAUUGUGAACACCACGCUCCUGGGCAGUCUCAACAGAACCGAGGUGGUCAGCCUCUUGUCCAGCAUUAUCGACAAUCGGGAUAAUCUCGAGAGCAUCAACGAGGCCAAAGACUUUCUGACCGAGUGCCUGUUUCCAUCGCCGACCAGACCGUACGAGUUGCCAUGGGAGCAGAAAACGAUUUGGGCCAUCAUUUUCGGCCUGAUGAUGUUUGUGGCCAUCGCCGGCAAUGGUAUUGUUCUGUGGAUCGUUACAGGACAUCGCAGCAUGAGGACGGUCACAAAUUACUUCCUGCUGAACCUGAGCAUCGCCGACCUGCUGAUGUCGUCGCUGAACUGCGUCUUCAACUUUAUAUUCAUGCUGAACUCGGAUUGGCCAUUCGGUUCGAUUUAUUGCACAAUCAACAAUUUCGUGGCCAACGUCACGGUCUCCACAUCGGUCUUCACGCUCGUGGCCAUAAGUUUCGAUAGAUACAUCGCCAUUGUGCAUCCGCUGAAGCGCCGCACGUCGCGUCGGAAGGUGCGCAUCAUCCUGGUCCUCAUCUGGGCACUCAGCUGUGUGUUGUCGGCGCCCUGUCUGCUCUACUCCAGCAUCAUGACCAAGCACUAUUACAAUGGAAAAUCGCGGACAGUUUGCUUCAUGAUGUGGCCAGAUGGACGAUAUCCCACUUCAAUGGCGGAUUAUGCAUACAACCUGAUCAUCCUGGUGCUGACCUACGGCAUUCCCAUGAUUGUGAUGCUCAUCUGCUACACCCUGAUGGGUCGCGUCCUCUGGGGCAGCAGAUCUAUCGGCGAGAACACGGAUCGCCAGAUGGAGUCGAUGAAGUCGAAGCGGAAGGUGGUCCGCAUGUUCAUCGCCAUCGUGUCCAUCUUCGCCAUUUGCUGGCUGCCAUAUCACCUGUUCUUCAUCUACGCCUACCACAACAACCAGGUGGCAUCCACGAAGUACGUGCAGCACAUGUAUCUCGGUUUCUAUUGGCUGGCCAUGUCCAAUGCCAUGGUCAAUCCGCUCAUCUACUACUGGAUGAAUAAGAGGUUUCGGAUGUACUUCCAGCGGAUCAUCUGCUGCUGUUGCGUGGGCCUCACCCGCCAUCGAUUCGACUCGCCGAAGAGCCGGCUGACGAACAAGAACAGCUCGCACCGGCACACAAGAGGUGGGUACACCGUCGCCCACUCGCUCCCCAACUCCUCCCCCCCAACCACCCAAACUAUUUUGGCCGUCCUGGCCCAGCCUCAGACUCAGCCUCUGCCUCAGCCCAAGACUCAGUUGCUCUUGCCUUGCCACCACUCACCACAUCCCACGCAACCUUCCGCAGCGGAGACCAAGAGUCAGUGGAAGCGCAGCACGAUGGAGACGCAGAUCCAGCAGGCGCCGGUCACCAGCUCUUGCCGGGAUCAGCGCAGUGCACAGCAGCAGCAGCAGCCGCCUCCAGGAAGUGGAACCAAUCGGGCGGCAGUGGAGUGCAUCAUGGAACGGCCGGCGGAUGGGUCCAGUUCGCCGCUGUGCCUUUCGAUCAACAACAGCAUCGGCGAGCGGCAGCGCGUGAAAAUCAAAUACAUCUCCUGUGACGAGGACAAUAAUCCCGUGGAGCUGAGUCCCAAGCAGCUGUGA